AAUAGUCUUUUUAUCCACACAAAACCCUAAUUUCUCCCUCUUUGCUCAAGCAGCUCUCACAGUGCCUCUUUGCAGUCGAAAGCUAGCUCAACCAAACAAGACGAUAUGAUUAUCUCAGAGAACAACCGCAGAGAGAUCUGCAAGUACCUUUUCAAAGAAGGAGUAUGCUUUGCGAAGAAGGAUUUCAAUCUCCCAAAGCAUCCGUUGAUUGAUGUACCCAACUUGCAAGUGAUCAAGCUCAUGCAGAGUUUCAAAUCCAAGGAGUACGUUAGGGAGACAUUUGCCUGGAUGCAUUAUUAUUGGUUUUUGACCAAUGAAGGGAUUGAGUUCUUGAGAACUUAUCUUAACCUUCCUUCUGAUGUUGUUCCUGCUACUUUGAAGAAGUCUGCUAAGCCCCUUGGCCGUCCCUUUGGUGGCCCACCUGGUGAUCGCCCAAGAGGACCUCCUCGUGAUGGAGACCGUCCCAAAUAUGGUGAUCGUGAGGGAUACCGUGGAGGCCCACGAGGUGGUGAUAUUGGUGGUGAAAAGGCUGGAGCCCCAGCUGGUUUCCAGCCGAGUUUCCAAGGAGGUGGUGGUAGGCCUGGUUUCGGCCGUGGUGCAGGCGGCGGUUACAGUGCAGCAGCACCAUCUGGUUCAGGGUUACCUUGAAAAAUUUGUUGUCAUCAUACGACGAUGGAAGGACAGUUUUGCUAUUUUGUUCUAGUUUUGUUUGUGUAAUGCAAAUCCGGAAUUUAUAAUCUAUCAAUCAAUUACUCUCAGUCUCACUUUGGUUUAAAACGAACAAAUCCUGUAGUUUCAGCCAGGAUUAGUUGUAAAAUGUCCGUUUCUUACUCUCAUCUGUCAUGGAAAAAUGGUGUCUUGUCCAA